AGCCGUUUGGGCUGAGGCCGGUUUUGUCUGGCACUUUGUCAAUCUGGGAUUCGAUCCCCGGCGCAGGAUGAUGCGAGUUGCUGCCGGCCGCGCGCUGCGCGGCGCCUCGCUCAAGAGCGUGGCAUGCCGGUUGCCCGGCAUGCAGUCGGUGAGCUUGCUGACCCGAGGAGACGGCAGGACGAGCUUCACUCAGGUGCCAGAAGUGAAGGAGCGGCUGAAUCGCUGCGAGAUGUACGUUCCUGGCACCCAAGCAAAGCUGAUCCCGAAGGCGGCCAAGUCCGCGGCGGACGUGAUCGUGAUGGACCUCGAGGACUCCGUCGCCGAGCAUCUGAAGGACGAGGCGCGCGCAAACGUGGUCAAGGCCCUUCAGGAGGUUGACUUCGGAUCGAAGACGGUCGCGAUUCGCAUCAACGGUCUCUACAGCCACCACACCUACAAGGAUGUGAUCGACAUCUUGGAGAAGGGCGGAGAGCGCGCCGACGUGUUCAUCAUCCCCAUGGUCGGUAACGCCAAGGACGUAUAUGCCGUGGACGCGCUGACAACGCAGGUCGAGACCACCGUCGGCCGCCAGAAGAAGAUCGGCUUCGGGCUCAUCAUCGAGGCGACGAUGGGCAUGAUGAACGUGCACGAGAUCGCGGCCUCGUCCAGGCGCAACGAGUCGCUGCACUUCGGCGUCGCGGACUACGCGGCCUCGACCAAGUCGCGCACCACCAACAUCGGCGGGGCCAACGAGCUGUACGGCGUGCUCACCCACGCCGACGGGGACAGGCCCCGCGACUUCUUCUGGGGCGACCCGUGGCACUACGCCAUGUCGGAGGAGGGGCCCCCAGGGCCAACGGCCUGCGCCCCGUCGACGGCCCCUUCGGCGACAUCAAGGACCCCGACGCGUACAGGGCGCAGUGCAACAGGGCCGCCGCCCUGGGCUUCGACGGGAAGUGGGCGAUCCACCCGAGCCAGGUGGCUUUGGCCAACGAGGUCUUCAGCCCGUCGGAGGCCCAGGUGGCGCUGGCGAAGCGCAUCCUGCAGGCCAUGGACGACGCGCAGCGCGACGGCCUGGGGGCGGUGUCACUGGACGGCAAGCUGAUCGACAUCGCCUCCAUCAAGCAGGCGGGCCAGAUCGUGGCCAAGAACGCCGCCAUCCUGGCGAAGGAGGCGGCCUGAGCCUCGCGGCCGAGGGCCCGUCUCCGCGCCGGCGGGGCCGCGGCUGCGAGGCGGCCCCGGGCGCCUUGCCACCGGGGUUGGCCCACGGGGCGUGGUAGUAGUGUCUGUACACCGAUGUUCGUUUUCUACUCGUCCCCCACAUGAGCCCAGAGCACAGGCGCCGCCACGAAGGGCGGUCACGCGGUGCUCUCUACGGGCCAUAGGGGCAUCGCGGCAGGACCGAAUAAGCGUUGUCACACCGCCUCCCGUGCGAGGUGAGGCCCGGCAAGGUCCGAGCCCGAGUUUUCGGAACUGGGCGCCCGAUUUUUUUGAGCGAGCGGCGUGGCGCUUCGACUGCCGUGGAGGCGGGCUGCUAUCUUUCCGGUGCCGAUCCUACCCGCCAUGUCGGCCAUCG